AUGCACAGGCAGACCCCCCUCUCACACAGGAGUAGAUAGAGAGCGGUGAAGAGCAGAAGGAGCUGGGUGGCAGGAGAGAGGCAGGAGGGCUGUUGUUGAUUGAACAAAGCCAGGAAAGGAGUGCGCAGUCCUGGGGAGAAGAACAGCUGUGAAAUGCCUCGAAGGGAGCCUGCCAGCAACUCCUGCAGAGACCUGAAGGUUUUGAGCUUCAGCUGAGGAUGGCAGGAGAUUCUCGAAUCCUCAUGGACCACAACAUGGAGAUAGGAGUCACACCUGCACAGGUGAAGAAGCUUCCUAAACACUUGCGGGAGGCUCAGAUCUCGACUGAGCGAACCCACCUGAUUUCUGACCCGGCGAAGAAGCCACGUCAACGAUAUGUGCAGAAGGACGGCAAGUGCAACGUUCAUCAUGGAAACGUGCAAGAGACCUACCGAUACCUCAGUGACUUGUUCACUACGCUGGUGGACCUACGCUGGCGUCUUAGUCUCUUCAUUUUCACCUUGGUCUAUAUAGUCAACUGGCUUUUCUUUGGCUUUCUGUGGUGGCUGAUAGCGCUAAUCCGUGGGGAUCUGGUGCAUGCUGAUGAGGAGGGCUGGACCCCUUGUGUGGAGAACCUCAACAGUUUUGUCUCAGCCUUCCUCUUCUCCAUUGAAACAGAGACCACCAUUGGGUACGGUUAUCGUGUAAUCACAGAAAAAUGCCCUGAGGGUAUUAUUCUGCUUUUGGUGCAGGCCAUCUUGGGUUCCAUUGUUAACGCCAUGAUGGUGGGCUGCAUGUUUGUCAAGAUCUCACAGCCAAAGAACCGCGCCGAGACCCUCAUGUUCUCGCACAAUGCUGUCAUAUCGGUGCGAGACAACAAGAUGUGCCUGAUGUUUCGGGUGGGAGACCUGAGGAACUCUCACAUUGUGGAGGCAUCGAUCCGAGCGAAGCUGAUCCGCUCGCAGCAGACCAAGGAGGGGGAGUUCAUCCCGCUCAACCAGACUGACAUCAACAUCGGCUUUGACACGGGAGAUGACCGGCUUUUCCUGGUGUCGCCCCUGAUCAUCUCUCACGAGAUCAACGAGAGGAGCCCCUUCUGGGAGAUGACACUGACGCAAAUGGAGAAGGAGGAGUUCGAGAUUGUGGUUAUCCUUGAGGGCAUGGUCGAAGCCACAGGGAUGACAUGUCAGGCACGGAGUUCCUACCUGGACACAGAGGUGCUUUGGGGCUACCGCUUCACACCGGUUCUCUCCCUGGAGAAGGGCUUCUACGAGGUCGACUACAACAACUUCCAUGAGAUCUACGAGACCAACACCCCCACCUGCAGCGCCAAGGAGCUAGCUGCUAAGCUUCGGGAUGGGCCACUAUUGCCUCAGCUUUCGCUCCUUAGCCCUGACCCCAAAACGCAUAGUACUUUUGACGCCCUAAACCGCCUGUCCGAACGGGACCCACUCAGCCCAGAUGAGGACAAGGAGGAGAGAGAUUCAGGGGGUGACAGAGGAGAGACCAAUGGCUCAGCUGCUGCUUUGGAGGAUCCGCCCGUGGCUGACGGACUGCCUGACUGAUGUGAUUGGCGGCCACAUCAGCUAAAACCCCAGGAGAGACUGGACAUGAGGACAGGACAAUAUAAUGCUUCAUUUAGUCAACGGCCAGCUUGUUCCAUUGCAAUGCUCGGAGAUACCAGAACUCCGUCUCCAGCCCCCGACUCAUGCAAUACUCCUCUAAUAGAGUCUCAAUCUAUAGUAUAGAUUGGUUUUGUAGACACGUAAGUACGCAUACACUGACACACGUACAGUAUCUAUAGCUACACUAAAAGGUUGGUGGUCGGAUUGUCUUUUUAUAAUCGUAACAACCACUUACUGCUGUAACAGCUGUAAGUUGUAUAACGUAAACUUGAGCUGAAACUGGUAGCCAUGACAAAUUACCAUGGGCGUAUUAUGGAUACCCCAGUAUUCUCAUUUAAGAGUGUGUUGAUUCAGCUUCAUUUGAACAAAAUCACUUUCAUAACACAGCUAACGUGUCUGACAGCAGCUUUUGAGUGAUAAUUCAGUGAUUAAAUCAACCUUGUUAUUGACGUUUUUUGUUUUAUUUUCUUUAUGUGGGAGAUUAAUAUUUCCUUUUUCUGGCAGUGUUGUUAUUAUUCUUUGUCAGAAACUCAAUUCACCAAGGAGGAAAUGCAUAAAGCUUCUAGUUCGCAAAGGCGAGAAAAAAUAAUGGAAAUGUGUUCUAAGAAAGGCAAUGUGUAUCAGCAACUACUAUCCAAAUUUAUUUGUUCACACUUUCUUCAUGGUUGUACUGUCGUAAAUACCCUCAUUGUGUGUCUCCCCAACAUACUGGGAGCCUUGACCCAAAAGAAGCCAGCUAGUACCUCAUUUCAGUAAUUUUCAGGGAUUUGAAAUGAACAAUAAGAACAAGGCAAUUGCUGGUAAAAAGCUGUAUAUGCCACUGACUGAUUAUUUUGAAAACUUUUUGACUGAUUAAAGAUUUAAUUCCCCUUCCCGCUGCAUCAACUAAAACAUUAAUUACAAGCCCUUUUCUAGGGACAGAAAGCACAAUUUCCCACGAGGUGACACACUGACCUGACCCUGGCUGAUGCAUGUCAGUCCUACUUAAAAGUGAGAUUCAAAUAUUUAUAUAUAACGAUUUAUUUGAAAUGUUCUUUAUUUCUAUACAGUACGCACAUGAAUAUUUCAAAUACUCCACAAGCAAAAUGAAAUGUCCAUUGUAUCCUAUGUUUGUUUUCUUUUUGUUUUAAAUAUUGAAAAGAUAUCCAACCACGAUGUUUUUCAGCAACAUGAAAGUUAAGUCUACUGAAGAUAGAAGCAGGUUUUCUGUCAAAUCCAACAAGUUUAGUCGAUGGCAAGCUCAUCACCCACAAUAUUUGCCUAUUUGCCUUCCUCGUAGUUAUUUCCUCUGAACAUCGUCUGUAGUGUUCACCUUAUUUUAAUUCUUCUUUUUCCACUUGGUUCAGUUUGCUCUUUGGCCCUGUUCCACAAACCACCACUGGGUCUUUUGCUUUGUGGCCAUUGUGACUACUGUUUUACAGUAGUUUUUAACCUUUCUUUGAAAGGACACGUGUCAGAGCUUGCAUGCAUGAAUCAACCCCUAUGCGUCCCAUUGCUGAUUAAGUUUCAUACAGUAAGAAACACAGGGUAUUUUCUAGGCAUGCAAAUUAUGAGAUUUCUACAAUAUAUUAUCAGAUAAUGUAUUAAUAUUCAAUUAUCAUUUGUCGAAAAGAUAAAUUCCUGAUACUUUAAAAUCUCCUCCUCCCUAAUUCUAUGUUACUCUGUUUAUUUUUAUUUUUUUUACAGAUGCUUGUCCAAUCAAUGUAUUUGUUUUCAAUGUGACAUUUCAGCAUCUUACUAUGUAUUCCAUUUAAACGAUACGUUUGCCAUUAGCGAGAGAUCAUCUUUCGUUGCUGGAAUGUCAUCUGUUGUCUGUGUGUUCUCAUGGGAAUAAACAUAAUAUGGUCGAAAGAACAACAUGUUCCUGUUAGAUAAUGUGUGCAUGCAUGAGCGGUUGCAUGAGAGUGUGUGAGUGUGUAAUUAUUUCGCACAUAACUUUGCAACUGAGGAUUGGAGAGUUUCAUUUACCACGUGUGACGCUGCACUGUAUCAGCUGUACUGUGACAAAAAGACAGAUUUAUGGCCAUGGCUCUGGGUAAAACAACUGUGUCUGACGCAAAAGCUGAAAACUGGAUUAGACGCAUAUCAAAUCAUAAAAAGGAGACUUAAGCGACCUUUAAUUAUCGGUACAAAACAAUCUUGUCUUGUACUGAAGCUCGAGGCAUAUUCUGCUUCAUGCAUGCUAGAGAACAAAUGUAAUGGACAGCAUCAGGAACUUUGUUGCACCCCUUUCAGUGUCUAAAUUUGAAUUCAUUAAUUAAAAUGAUACAGCAGCGAAGUGUGGAUAUGUCUCAGUGGCAACCUCAACCCACUCUGUGUUGUAAAUUGUUGUCUAGGCCUAUAAAGACCAUAUAACCAACAGUUUCUCAUGUAUUGGAUAAUUGCGGCUGCUGGAGUCCUGAGGACCUUAACAGCAUCCCUGAGUCAGCUUUGUGUGUUUGAAGACUGCAAUUACACACACACACACGCACACACACACGGGAAGACACAAUCACAGAAAACAGCCGGCAGACUGAUUAAGAAGGUCCACACAGCACAGCAAAUAACUAGUGACAGAGAAAACUCGGCAGAAGUCACCGGGGUAAUCAUAUUUAUUCAGCGUCUACAGAGUACAACCAGUCAUAAAAUGAAACAUGAUGUUACCUUUGGUGUCCAGUGUGUCAUAGAAAUUCACUGAAUCACAGCAAUGCGCUGUCAAGGCUAUUCUUGUCCGAGCUAUUACAUUUGGUGGCUGGAUCGUCAGCAAGCUGACAGUCCCUGAUUCAAAUCUGAAUAAUGUACGAUGAUGAAUAUAAUGCGCCAUUGAAUGGCGCAUUGAAAUAGGUACCCAAAGCAGGUGCAUGUGGGUGAGCACAGGUGUGUGUGUGUUGGGGGGGGACAUAGUCAGCAAAACUAAAAGCGCACAUGAACACACAAUAACAGCCACAAACAAACAACGAAAAGCAAAAUGAUCCAUGUAUGCUUUUGCCAAGUUUGACAUGCCCUUUUCACAAUAAAGAAUUUAUGAAAGGAGAAGAACAAAGAAAGAUAAAAUUGCUAAAGCUGAUGAAUGGCUCCACGCCAACAGAGUAACUAGCUAUUAUCCUUUCUCUUUCCAUAUAGCUAAUACUCUUCCCUUCUCCUUUAAAUAAUGCAUGCUUGAGACAAAGAAAGGAAGCACAUAGGCCAUUAACAACUGUGUAGUCAGAAUAAAACAUCCUGAACAAUUAUAGUCACAGUGAAAAAAAAAAAAGAAAGUGGGAGGAAUUUUACUCUGGUGCAACAAACUAGUGUAAGCUCUUUCCAUUUUCUUGCUCCUUGGACUCCCCCUUAUUCUGCUUCAACAACUCCCACACAGAGAGAACAGAAACACAGACACAUGCAACAGGGCAUGGGUUAUUUUACAGUAUUUUCCACAUUUUUCCAUGGAUAGCCUGGUGAUUUGUUUUUCCCACCAUCCAGAGUAACAUCCAGAGAUGAAAAAUCAAGCUUCCAAACCCCAUUGUCCCUACUUAAGCAACUGUGACUCCCUGCUGCAAUUAUAUCUUAUUAAGAAUUCAAAUAUCCUCUUACAUACUGUAAUGGUUCCCCUGUCUUUAUUCCCUUACAGCUCCCACUGGUAACAGAAGGCUUUAUUUGUGUGCUUUAUGUCAUUUGUUUCUUUUUUCUUUUUCAAGCUUGUAAUUGAACUCUCCCUGUGUAAGGUGCAUAGGCUGAAACCUCUUUUGCACAUUCGUCUUCACGUGCAGCUCUCAGUUGCACCCCAUAAGACCUGUUGGGUUUCCUGGGAAUCUUCCUCUGCACUGUUAAGAGGCACAAAAGCUGUAAGCCUCCAGGACCCAGCAGUGAACAUGUUACGAAACCUUAUGUAAUACAGCUUCACACAGAGCAAGUGGACCAAUCACAAGAAGGUGACGUAGUUCAGUCUGCUGUUUGUUCAUGGUGAAAAUUUGUUUGGAGCAUGUCAGUAAAACAAUGUGACGCAGUUUAAUUUAGGGGACAUACAUUUUUAGAAAUGUCUGAAAUUCUGGUUAAACAAUACCCCAUAAAGGACCUACUCAUCCAGCCGAAGCAUGGAUGAGUAGCACCAUUAGCACUGCCAGGCAAGUCUGUUUGGUUCUGUAUAUCCAGUGUUUUGAAUGGAGCGAGCAGACAGUUGUACAGACACUGAGAGAGAGACCAUUGCCUUUUCCCAGCCAGGAGACAGAGGUCUGCCCUUUGAUGUGUUUGGACGAUGGCAGCCUUUGAUGAGGAUUUCUAUGGCACCAGAGUGGCUGUGGCUUCAAAUUAAGCUGGCUGAGCUUCUCCUGCUGAGAAGCACAGGCAGGCAACACUGAGAGCACGAGAAUAUUGUCACAAGGCCUUGCUCUGUAAAUACAUUUUGCACACUUUUGCUUUCCUGUUUUUCCAGUCAUCAAUGUCUCCAGUCAUUUCAGAUACCUGCCAUUCCCCACACACCCUGUAGCUGCCCUCAGUGUGUUCCCACCAUUACCAGCACACCUGUUCCCCAUUCUCUCAUUAGCUCCCCUGCAUAUAUCAACCUUCUUUCCCCAGUCAUUUGCCAGAUAGUUGAAUGUAUGCAAUCCAAUGUUUCAGCCUUUGUUCCUGACCAAUUCUACUCACCUGCCUCUUGCCUGCUUUAUUUAUUCUUGCUGACUGAUUACAUGUUGCCAAACUCUGCCUUGAUCUUCAAGUAAAAG